GCUGACGGUAGAAAUAGGAUUGGCCAACAUGACCAGCUUUAAUCCUGCAACAAAGCAGACGCGCAUUUUGCACGGUAUUCCGACCGGAGUGAACUUCAGGGACACUCUCCACCUUCCAUAUAGUUGAUUGGAUUCAGGGAAGACAAACAUGACAAGCUCCUUCACUCGAAUGCUAUCCAGCCGCAGCACGGUGGCGGUGAUGGCUAGCCUUGGUGCUGGGACCUUAGUGACAGGUUACCUGAUGAGCGACACUGGCAGGGCAGUGUUUCCAGAAAGGAGGAAGAUGUUUCCACCAAGUGCCGACUUUCCGGAUCUUUGCAAGCACAAUAAUUGCAUGGCAAGUGCCCUGACUCCAGCUAUCUAUGCACGCCUAAGAGACAAGGUCACCCCUAACAACUGGACCUUAGACCAGUGCAUCCAGACAGGGGUGGACAACCCUGGGCACCCUUUCAUCAAGACUGUUGGCAUGGUGGCUGGAGAUGAAGAGAGCUAUGAGGUAUUUUCUGAGCUCUUUUAUCCAGUCAUUAAGGAGAGACACAAUGGCUAUGAUCCAAGAACUAUGACGCACCCUACAGAUUUGGAUGCUUCAAAGAUCACCUCAGGGAUGUUCGAUGAGAACUACGUCUUGUCCUCCCGUGUCCGUACAGGCCGGAGCAUCCGAGGCCUUAGCCUACCGCCAGCCUGCAGCCGCUCAGAACGGCGUGAGGUAGAGCGUGUUGUCAUACAGGCCCUGUCUAACCUGAAAGGUGAUCUGACCGGCCACUAUUACAGCUUGGGAGAAAUGACAGAGGAAGAGCAGCAGAGACUCAUAGAUGAGCAUUUCCUCUUCGAUAAGCCAGUGUCUCCUCUGCUAACUGCAGCUGGGAUGGCCAGAGACUGGCCCGAUGCACGAGGAAUUUGGCACAAUAAUGAGAAGACCUUCCUGAUAUGGAUCAAUGAAGAAGACCACACCCGCAUCAUAUCAAUGGAAAAGGGUGGUAACAUGAAGAGAGUGUUUGAAAGAUUUUGCUGCGGACUCAAAGAGGUAGAGAGGCUGAUUAUGGAGCGUGGCUGGGAGUUUAUGUGGAAUGAACAUCUUGGCUACAUCCUGACUUGCCCCUCCAAUCUGGGCACUGGACUUAGGGCAGGGGUGCACGUCCGUCUGCCUCUCCUCAGCAAGGACCCUCGUUUCAGGAAGAUCCUGGAAAGCCUGAGGCUGCAGAAACGAGGCACUGGGGGAGUGGACACUGCUGCAGUGGGCGAUGUCUUUGACAUCUCAAACAAUGACCGCUUAGGCAAAUCUGAGGUGGAGCUUGUUCAGCUGCUGAUUGACGGCGUGAACUACCUAAUAGACUGUGAGAAAAAACUAGAGGAUGGGCACGACAUCAAGAUCCCCACUCCCAUCACCCUGUUUAAAAAUUGAACAGCCUGACCACAGCAAACAAGAAUGCUGCUGGUGCUUUUAAAAAAAUCCAACAUCUUACACAGAU